GUGGGGCUGUGAGGUGGGAGCAGACAGAAAGCUGGUAUUGAUUCUUGCUUUAUGAGUUUUUCUCACUGUGAGGGAGUGUCAAAGAGGCAGAGGGAGCCAGCAUGGCCAAGCCUCUCCUGAGGAUACAGCGCUAUUUCUGCAGGAAACCUGUCAGAUUCUUCUCCCUCAUCCUCCUCUACUUGACUGCUGGGAGCCUCGUCUUCCUGCACGCUGGCUUCGUCAGGGACCGAGGUUCUGGGGCCCGAGGGAGCCGGGUCUCUGUCGUAGCUUCAGAGUCGGGCAACCGAGCCGCAUCAUCAGACACCCGAGGGCUCGGCAUCAUGAGCAGAGUGUUUAAGGAGACUCACAGGUCUGGUCGGAAACCUGGACCUCGGUGGAUGAGAAAGAGCGGGCACGAGAGCCACGGCACUGAGCGCAGGGGGGGAGACUAUACCAGCAACUGGAACCGUGCACUCAAAGGUCGCAAUGCCAAAGAGAUGGACGAUGGACGAGCAAAGUAUUUUGGCUGCUAUGUUGAUGACACUCAGAAGCGAGCACUGAGAGGAGUUUCCUUUUUUGACUACAAAAAAAUGACCGUAUUCCGUUGCCAGGACAACUGUGCAGAAAGAGGCUACAUGUAUGCAGGUCUUGAGUUCGGAGCAGAAUGCUACUGUGGCCACAAGAUUCAGGCGCCCAACACCUCGGAGAGCGAAUGCAACUUUGAGUGUAAGGGAGAGAAAAGCAACAUGUGUGGAGGAGCCAACAGACUGUCCAUCUAUAGGCUGGAGCUGAGCCAGGAGUCUGCACGCCGCUAUGGCAAUGCCAUUUUCAAAGGGUGUUUCCACCGGCCGGACAAUGUCACCGCAGCGCUCCCCUUCAGCGCUGUCAUCCAGAACAUGUCUGUGGACAAGUGUGUGGACAUGUGCACGGAGAGGGAGAAGUCGCUGGCAGUUCUGGCUGGAGACCGGUGUCACUGCGGCUUCCCAACGUCUCUCUUCUCCCUUCACGAGCUGGAGGACGAGGACAUGUGUCUCCACCGAUGCUCAGGGGAAGAGUUUGAGAACUGUGGAAAUGACAAGUUCUUUGUGGUGUACCAGACACAGGUUCAAGAUAACCGCUGCAUGGACCGACACUUCCUUCCCACUCGUGCGAAGCAGCUGGUGGCUCUCGCCAGUUUCCCCGGAGCUGGUAACACAUGGGCUCGCCACCUCAUCGAGCUCGCCACCGGCUUCUACACAGGCAGCUUCUACUUUGAUGGCUCGCUUUACAACAAAGGCUUUAAAGGGGAACGUGACCACUGGAGGAGUGGGAGGACAGUCUGCAUUAAAACGCAUGAGAGUGGCAGGAAAGAGAUCGAAGCCUUUGACUUGAGCAUCCUCAUGAUCCGAAACCCAUACAAAGCCCUCAUGGCAGAAUUUAACAGAAAAUAUGGAGGGCACAUAGGAUUUGCUUCACAGGCUCACUGGAAAGGGAAAGAGUGGCCUGAGUUUGUGAAGAACUAUGCUCCUUGGUGGGCCUCACACACCUUGGACUGGCUGACUUAUGGGAGGAACGUCCACGUGGUCCACUUUGAGGAUCUGAAGAGGGACCUUUUUGCACGGCUCAAAGGGAUGGUCCAGUUCCUGGGUUUGGAGGUUUCAGAAGAUCGCCUGCUCUGCGUCGAGGGCCAGAAGGAUGGAAACUUCAAGCGAUCGGGGCUACGCAAGCUCGAGUAUGAUCCGUACACUCCUGAAAUGAGAGAGGACAUUAACAAACUGAUCAGAACAGUAGAUGCUGCUUUGAAGAAAAGGAAUAUGUCUGGAGUCCCUGCAGAAUAUAUGCCAAGAUGA